AUGGUAACAUUGGCCGGUUUCCUUUCCAUUUUUGAGUUGGCGGUGCAAGUGCAGCAUCGCGCCCGCAGGAAAUCCGACGUCUUCGAAACCGGCUCCCGUUUCUUUCUGGAUCUAUGCCCCCCUCCCCCGCCUAGGAAAAACAAGCAGCAUCAGGAGCUUUCCUCCACGGUGCUGUUUUUGUUUUCCACCCCCACCUUAAAAUAGAGAGGGUGAGAAUCACGCAGCAAACCGUGGGCGCGGAUCCGAGCUCUCCAUUUACGCGCGUCCCGAGUCCCGUGUUAACGGUUUCGAUUCUCUUCCUGGAUUGAUAGCUAAUCCAGAAAGUUCGCAGGCUGGAAUCGGGACAGGAUUGGCAGGGAAGCCCAGAUUUACAAGCCGCUCCGGGCCUUUUAAGAAACAAAUAAAUCGAGGGGCAACCUUCUCCAACGGGGGAGGGCGCAAAAAUUAAAAUACAGGCACACGGGUAUAUAAGUCGAUGGCUGAAAAGUGCCCCCCCAGCCAGAUCUGGCGGAGUUAGGUGACCCCCCCACCUCCCUAACGUUAGGUGACCCCCACCUCCCUAAUAUUUCCACAGGGUUAGGGGGCUCCUAAGUUCCGCGCAAGGACCGGGCUACUUUUCUAUGCGGUCCCGGUGCGCUUUUGCGCCCCUCCACGUGCUCUCUCUCUCUCCUCCAGAAGUCCCGGAGAGAGAAAUAAAGAGUUUGAAUCUCGGGGGUUUAUUCCUAUUAUCAUCAUCACCAUCAUAAUCAAAGCGAAAGAGUGCGCGAAGCUGCUGCAGACCGAGAGCAAGAAAGAAAAAAAAGUCCCUCCCCAAAUUAGAGAGGCGCGUAGGUGUGAAGAGCGAGAGAGAGAGAGGCUGCGGUUCUCGCACCGGCUGCUCCAAAAAUAAAAAAUCGUGUGUGUCCACCCCCCCCUCCCUGCUCGGGGUGGGGAGGAAGAGCAGGAAUUAAAAAAGAAAAGAGGGAGGGGGGGUUGUUGCAGCAGCAGGAAGAGAAGGAGAUCCUCCCAGGAGACGGAAAAGGAAAGCAGGGGAGAGGAGGGCUGCUCUCCUCCUCCCCGCCCUACGCGAUCCCGGCGGCGGCAGGAAGGGAAGGGGCGGCCAGGGGAGGAAGGAGGAGGAAAAGGAAAAGAGGGAGAGGAGGGAGGGAGCUGCCUGCCUGCCUGGGCAGAGGGGGAGGGGCCCGCUGCUGCUGCUGGGCUGAGCGGCGGCAGGAGCGCUGGGGCCUUGGACACGUCGAGCCGCGGGAGGAAGGCGGAGAGGAGCCCGGGAGGGGAGCGCGGAGACGCCGGCGGCCCCCGAGCGCCCGGCCCGCUGGGCGAAGGAGAAGGAGCUCCCCGAGCAGAGCGAGCCGCGCACGGAGUCAAAGCGGGGAGAGAAAGAGGAGCAGCCGCCGCCGAGACAAAGAGCGGAGCCCGCCGGGGAGAGCAGCCUGCUCCUUGCCGCCGCCUCCUGCCAUUAUUAAUCCUCCGCCCGCGCGCCUGGCCCGGGGAGCCCCGACGCGCCCGGAGGAGCGGACCACCGGCGGGUCUCCCCUUCCUCCCGCCAAGCCAGGUAAGGCGAGAGCCAGCGAGCAAGAAUAUCGCCAGCCGCCAUAAACUUGGAGAAGUUGAGGGGGGCGGGCUCGGGGGUUUGAAGCCCCCUCGGGGACCCGCUCUCCACGCCCGUCCCGUGGCCGCGGGGCCUAGCAGGCGCGCCCCGUUGGGGAUGCGGGGAGGGCGCACGGAGAGAAGGCAGCCUGCUUAUGGACGGGCUGCCUCCGCCCUUCUUCUCCCUUCGGUCUCUCUCCAGCGCCGGGUUUUGCGACGGCGGGGUGGGGGUGGGGGAGGAAGAGAGAGGCGGGGGUGGGUGGGUUAAAAAAAAAGAUUCAACAUUUUUAAAUCCCCCCCCCCGCUCUGAUUUAUAGAUCACAUAAAUCAAGGGGUCGUGACGGAGAGGGAGGGACUUUUCGGGGGGUGGGGAGUGGGGAAGCAGCUGCCUUCGCCUGCCCCCGCCCUCGGAACUAUGGACGACUAUUGUGGAAUCCGGGGGAGAAAUGGAAAAGGGUGCGUUUGGGAAUAGGGGUUUUAUUUCCACCCCAUGGGGUGGGGUGGGGGGCAAUCUCAGGCAUCUCGAAAGAAAGAAGGGACUAGGUUUCGGGUUUUGUUUUGUUUUGUUUUCAGGCGGGGGGGGGGACAGAGAGGAGGAGGAGGAGGAAAGAAGAGGCGGGGUGGUCCAGACGGAGAAGUGCUGGGUGUUGCAAAGCACUGCGUGGGGCGGGGAGAUUGGGGGGGGCGGAAUCUAGGUGUGUGUGUUUUUUUGGGGGGGGGGGAGGGGACGAUGAGGCUGAAAGUAGAGGUGGGAGUUAACUCCCCACACAUCGGUCUGCAUAGGAGAUCAUUUGCUGUUUGCAAAAAAAGGGGGGGCGAGGCACCAGGUCUAGCUCUUUUCUUUUUUUUUACUCCUUUGUGGACUGGAAGAAGUGAGGGAGCGGGACAGAGGGAUUAAAUAUAUGGCAAGAGUGGUGGCUCUAGAGAAGUGCUGAAGGGGGGGCGCGGGGGAGCUGUUUUUUAAAUGGAGAGAGAAGCAGUGGCUUAUACUAGCUGAUUAUUAUUAUUUUUGUAUCCCGAAGCUUUUAAGCAUAAAUUAGAUGGAUGUCUCAAGAGCAUUAUGUUACUCCCCGUAUAUGAAGAACAAUAUAGGGUGGUUGCAACAGAGCAUUCUAAAGCUUCACAUCUAGGUGACUAACCUGUGACCCUGCAGAUGUCGCUAAACUAUGACACCCAUCAUUUUUUAUUAUUCGCUGGGUGGGGUUGAUAGGAGUUUAGUUCAGCAACAUCUGGAGGGCUUCAGGUUAGCCCCACCUGCUUUAUUUAAGCACCACUAUUAAGACACCUCUGCCUUUUGCUAAGUACUACUGCUACUUUUAUUAUUGUAUGUAGAUAGUCACUUAGUGUGAUUAUAGUCAGUCCUGAAGCUUGUCUACUUGCAGUAAGGCCUAUAAUUGUGCAUAGGGUAGAUUCAGCUGAGCUGUUUUGGGUGUAAUGCUUACUACUUUCGUCUUCCAUGUUACAGUUGAUGGAUCAUCUUAAAACACUGAAAUCUGUAUUCUUUGUUAGCUUUUACUUAGCGCCAUUUCAGAUUUUUGUGCAGAGGCAAGCUCAGGUACACUCUGCAGGAAGCUGCAGCCAAUCCCUGACAAGUACACCUGUAUGAUAUACAUGUUUGCUACAUUCACAUAUUUAGGUGUAUGCCAGUCUUGGGCAAUAGCACCCUCUCAAAACAUGGAUUGAGAGGUGCAUGCAUCAGUUUGCAUUGUUGGGAGUUUGGCUCAGUCUAGGUUUGGUCUGUGGGCAUGUAUCAGGGAUGGGCAGAGCUGAAUAUUCAAAUUUUAGUUUUCAGGAGGGUUCAUAAUAUUUUAACAGCUACUUUCCCUAAUGUUGAAGCACCUCAAAGGUGUUUCAUAAAUGGCCCUUCUUUCAAGUUGGACUUCUUGAAAUCAUAUUGAAAGUGUUUUGGAUUUGCUACACAAGGAAUUAAAGUGAGGAAGACUGCAGAAUUUGCUUGGAAGAAAUUAUAACCAUACUGUACUCCUUAAUAUGGACAUUACUGGAAUAGUUCUGCUUUGGUUUUCCCCACAGUGCCUCUGUCCAACAUAGAGAAGAUGAUUUACUACUUCUCUAGAAAACAGGGGACCUUGGGAUAUAUUCACGUGACUUAAAUGAUCAUUAUCUAACUGGAUAUCGGAGUAGUUAAUAUGUGUGUAAAUAAUAAAGCAUAAAAGAGUGCACACUGCUUAGUCAUCUUCACAUAAAUAGCCGACUCUGUUUACCUUCACUUAUGUGAAAAUAGCUUUGAUGCUCUAUAGGGAACUUAAGGGUAAAGAGUUGGUCUCUAAAUCAGCCUUGAUGGUUUUUACUAUUAGCAAUAGAACUCUGGAAUCUUGGGUUUUUAAAAAAAUUCUGAUGUUGUAAAUUUCAUUUACUUUAUGGUGAUACGUUCAGAAGAUAAAUUAUGUCAGCAGAUAAGUGUGAUUUGCUAUUGAUUAUUUUAAGGCAUUCAUUCAGAGUAUUUAUAAAUCACUUUUUAGACUCAAAGCAUCAUAUAUAAAAAGGUACAAGAUAAAUUGAGACACAUCAAAUAGGGUACGAUUAUUAUGAGAAAAUUGUUUUCUGAGGCAUGCAUAUCAUUUGCACACUUGAGAAAAGGCAGCUGUGAAAAUCAGUUUGCAAGCCCCACUUAAAGGCCUGUACUUAAAAGGAGCCAGGCAUAACCAGAAAGGAGCCCCAUAACUCUGGAGCCAUCACUGAGAAGGCCCUGUCUCUUAUGCAUGCCAAUCUUUACAUCAGCAAGACUUUUGAUAUUGGUGUAUGUGCAAGCUAACCUAUUUCCAAAUUGAUUUAAAGGUUCAUAUGAGCACGUUGGGCCCGGAAACAUAGCAGUAAACCUGUGGUCUCUAUGAUGUCCACAAAGUCUUUUUUUAGUGAUCUCCCAACUGCUAUCUUCUCCGUCAGGAGACCAUCCCAUUACAGUGCUAGGCUGAGAUGUUUAAACCUCUUAUGAGUGUACCUGCAUGUAUGGUACAUAAGGUGUAUGUUUUGCUGGCCAUUUUGGCCAUGAUCACCCCUGGUGUGUGGCUGUUUGGAGGGUUAGUGAGCUUUGAGCUGAAGACGGUUUGCAUCAGUUGCAUUGCUUAUUAGAGAGGCGGCAAACACAAGUGUUACAGGUUCAGAUGGCCCCCACUAGCGUUUGGAUGCCUACAUUUUAUAAUGACCUGAGUUUCCAAACCUCCCCGACAGUCCUGCAACACAGGUAGUCCCAUCUUGGAGGAGCUGAUUCAUGGGUAACUGAGAUAGGGCUGGUGGACAAGCCUGCACUGGGAAAAGGCACAUCUGGCCACUGCUUUAUGUUUUCAGGAGUGUGGCCCCCCCCCAAAUAUUUGGUUCUUUACUGCCCUAUCCAGAACUGGUUUAAUACCUCCCUAUAGCAGGAGUAACCAGAGCCAGGAGUAACCAGAGGGUGUUUGCCACUGUACCGAUGGUGUCUUUUUACUUACUUCCAUAUAGGAGAAUGGGGGCUGCAUUUGAGGUCUAGAUUGUGCCAAACAGUCCUAAAAAUAUGUACCUCGUAGCAGGUAACUUACCUGGCCCUUCUCAUACACAUCCUGCCUGCCGUAAUGGACAUUUAUUAAGAACUGUGCAGAACACUGUUGUUGGAAGUGAGGUCAGGACAGCUGUUCUGCUUUAGGAGUGGGUGUGGUGUGAUGAGUGAGGAUGUCAUCCAAUGGUCAUUGUGGAUUUUGGAGGAAAGUAACUCUCCUCCUCUCUUUGCUCUCCUCAGAUAUGAUUUCGCUAGUUUAGUAAAUAAGGGCAUAUGUUCAGUGACAUGUAUUAUUUAGUGCCUGUUUAAUGUAGCUUUUAUAAAGCAUAGAUCAGUUCACUUGGGUUUUCGUUUGAGUUUUUAGGGAUAUUUUCUAACUAAAAAGGAAUUUGGUGUGAUAUUUGGAAAACAGUCAUACCUUGGUUUGAAUGUGCUUCAGGUUGAGCGCUUUCGGGUUGCGCUCCGUGGCAACCCAGAAGAAACGGAGUGUGUUACUUCCGGGCUUCACCACCCACGCAUGCGCAGACACUCAAAAUGACGUCACGUGCAUGCGCGGAAGCAGCAAAACGUGACCCCCGCACAUGCAGACGCGCAGUCACGUCUUAUGUUCUAUUCAGGAUGUGAAUGGGGCUCUGGAACAGAUCCCGUUCGCAUCCCGAGGUACCACUGUACUUCACUAGGAAGGGGCAUAUGGCUGCAGUGGUGCAACACUUCAGUAAAACCCAUUUCACAGGCUUCCUAUAACAAGUGCUGAUGUAUAGGAUUAGGGGCUAAGGCACUCACCCGAUUGUGUACUCUGGAAUAACUACAUUGAUUUUGAGGGACUUCUUUCACACCUUGUAGCUAUAUAUGAACUUCAGAUGUAUAUUGGUAUGUAAUGUUGGUUGUAUUUUAUAUUCUCUUCUGCGUGGAACGAAUGCAUUUUUUAAAAAAGAAAAAGCUAUGGCCUGUAUAUCGGGAUUCAUCAACUGACUUGAAAACAACUAUUAAAAGUUGCUUCAUUAUGUUGUUUUGAAGCAUGGUUUCUUUUCCAAAUUUGUUUCUGUUAACUCACUUAAAUUCAUUAGUUCUCAAUGAUCCGUUGAAAUGCUGUUUUAUAUAUAUAGCCUCUAGUUGGUUACCGAACAUUAGGUAAUGCUUUGCAAGACAUUGUCCUAGGCUACUUUUGCUCAAUGAUUUAUUAAGCUAACAAUCUAGCGCAGGUUUUUGUAGAAGGGAAAUCAUUUCUUCCAGCAGUAUACCUUUUUUAUAUUACAAGUGCAACCCCAUGCACGCUUACUUGAAAUUAGUAGGACUUACAAGUAAAUUAUAUUUAGGAUGGGUGACUGUAAAAUAAUAGCUACUUUACUCAAAACAAUAUGGAAUUCAUUAUAAGCCAUUUGAGCAGGUACCAUAGCAUUUCUUUGUUCUCCAUCUAGCACUUAAGACACUCUUUGGUAUUGAUUGUUAUUAAAGGGCAAUGACUUGUAGUAAUAGUACAAUUUGAUGGUUUUAAUGUGGUAUGGGCUGGUGAACAUCCUCAUGAGCGAAAGAUUGAAAAGGAGAUAAGUUUUAAGGAUAAUCAGACAACAAUUUAGAACUGGUAAAUAAUGGUUUGAAACUUGGCGAUGGAGAAUAGUGCCAAGAAUAAUGGAAAUUACUGCUAAGAAUAAUGAAUAGUAUUGAAAAAUGCUAGUAAAUAGGUGAUGGAUGGGAUGGGGAAAACGUUCUGUAAAACAAGAAACAAAUACAAAAUUAACAGAAGUAUAAAUAAUAAAAAAUGAAUGGAAAUAAAGCAAGAACGCUAUGCUACUGACCUAGCUAGAGCUGAAACUUUUGAAUCUUAAGGAGGUGCCUCACAUGACAUUUUUUCUACUGUGUUGUUAAUUUCUAAACAGUUUGCAUCUUCACUUGAGCAGUUUGCUAUAAUGCUUUUCUGGAAAUGGGGGGGGGGGGGAGUCCAGGAAGCUGAUGUCCACAGAGGACUCUCAACCUAUGUUCUCAAAACAAAAUAAAUGCUGUUAAAGUUGAUUGUAUAUGUGCUUAGAUUUCUUUGCUUAAAGAUUGCGAUUUUUCCAAUGAGCAGAUUAUGGCCUGGUUUGUGCAUAACAGUAAGCCUCAGUUAAACUAUGGCAUUCCAGGAAUGAGCAAGCUUGCUUGUGCCCACUGCUCAAAUCACACAGGACCCCUCUCCCUUUGCCACAGUGGGAACAGACAAUCCAGGAUGUUCCUUAUUUCGUGAAAACCAGCACUUUGGGUUUGUUUCUCUGCAAACCAUGAGAAUAAGCCUGGAAUAAACCAUGGUUUACUUUUGUUACCUUCUUUGGAUUUGAGAGAAACAAACUUUAGAGCUGGAUUACGUGACAUUAAUCCACCACUCUGGUUUAUGUCCCCCUGAGGGAGAAAAUGUUGGAUGUGAUUUCAGCAGUAUGAGGAGUCUGCACCUUCAGUUUGUCCCAGUAAACCAUAGUUUGGCUGGCUGUGUUGCAUGAGCCAGGCCAUUGUGACAGAAACUUAUUUUUCCUAUGAAGGUAAAAGCUUGGUAUUAUGUGGCAAAAUUGUUUUUGUGUUAAAGAAAACCUGCAUUGUUUGGGAGGCAAUUAUGUUGCAGGGAGAGGGGGAAUUGUCUACAAAAGUCUUCCAUGUGGGAAUGUAUUUCUCAAAACUUCUUGUUGCAGUAAGUCCUUAUGCUAUUGAAGGAAUUUAUUGCUUGAACUAGCAAAAUGGGUUUUGAACAUACUUGUUGUGGUUUGCUUUAGUUUCUGCAGUGUUUUAAAUACUUUCAACAAUGGGUUUGAAAGGCCAACAUAGCACUGUUGAGAAGCCCUGGAUAGAAUUUAUGCAAGUUUGUGCAAGCCAGAGGUAAACCUGAUGUGGCCCUAUUUAGAUAAAUAGGAGUCAAGCGCUUGAGCUCUCCUGAUCUGAGUGAUUACAGCACCCAUGGUCUUUAUUGAAAUACCUCAACCGUAUACAGGUUACUCCCAGGUACGUGUCGUCUUGGACUGCAGCCUUAGAAUACUUUCAGAGUUAGUAGGCAUGAACCGAGGAAUGAGCAUCCAUUUUGUGUAUUCUACUCACCCAGAUCCGCUUGCAGAUUUAAUUAAUUACAUUUAAUCAUCUUGUCACGCACUGCAUUAUUCUCUAGUGUUUUACAGUAAACCUAAACAGAUAACUUUUCUUUGGAUUCAGUCUAUGCUUUACGUGUUGCAUUGCGAUAAUCUUGCCGUCUCGUGGAAGAUACAAAGUAUUGGAUUUUCCACUUUUAUCAAAAUAAUAGACAGCUAAUUGGAGCAAAACAUUAAAAUCAGGAUUAGAAAAUAUUACAAAUUUUAUGUGUCUGAACUAGGGUUUAGAAGACAAAACUGAACAGGGGGGAAACAGAUUUUCCGGUGCCCAGAUGAUCAGAGAUUUUUUAGCUUUUUGAAGCCUUACUCAAAAUUUAUACACAGAUGGCUCACAAGGCUUAGGUGCUUUAAACAAAGUAGUGCACACUUCAAGUUGGCGUGUUCGGUGAAGGAGUCUCUCCCAGUUUAACAACACUACUUUUAUUUGAAUUGUAAAGGUAGUAGUGGUACUUCGGUUCUCUAACAUAAUCCAUUUCGGAAGACCGUUUGAGGUCUGAAACGCCUGAAAACCGAAGCUCAAAGGGCUGCCUGCAAAUUCAAUUGAAAAACACGCAGCGGAAGCCAUUCGAAUUCUGAGGCGUUUUCGAAAAUAGAAGCAUUUACUUCCGGGUUUUUGGCGUUCGGGUUCCGAAACGUUUGUCAACGGAGACGUUCGAGAACCAAGGUACCACCAUAUAAUGCAUACUGGUCUUUACCCAAAGGUGAUGCCUCUAAGUAGACUGAAUGUGGUUCCAGCCCACCUCCUGCUGUUUUUCUCAGCAAAUCACUUCACUCUACCCUCCUCCCAUUCCAAGUGAGAGCAGAGAAGAAAAGUGAGCUCAAACCUUGCUUAAUUCUUCAAAACGCGUAGGUGCUGCCUCUUGCAGAAGACCCGGUAAUCCUAAAAUAUCCCCAAUUCAUUUGGAUGCAUUUUCCAUUCAGUAUUGUUGAAACAAAGGGUACUGUUUCUCCAGUGACAAGUUUAUUACAUUUCUGUCCCACCUUUCCGCAGGGACCUUUAUUUUCUUACAAUAAGACGGCACCCCUGGUUCUUCUUCCCCCCGCUUGCCUCCGCCCAUUUAUCCUCAGAACAUCAAAUAUUAUGUACAGUUUGAUAUGACGCAUGGGAACAGCCAAUCAACCAACAUAAGCUCGAAGCAAUCAGGGAAGCAAAACGUAUGCAUAACUGAAUAAAACGGCGUCCUAGAAUAAAUUUGCAGCUUUGCAUAUGCUAACUAAGAAUUUGUCUGAUUCUGUUAGUAACAAUAUUUCCCGCCCCCCCUUGCUGAAUAAUUCCUUCGUGGUUAUUUGCGCCCAGUACAUUUUUGUGGUAUUUAGGUACUGUAUCUGGUGGUCUAUAAAAUAUUAUUCUAAGUGGUUCUGAAAUUUUAACUAAUUCGUUUACUUGUAGGUUGUUACGGUUAAUGUCAGUACAGUUGUACCUUGGAUUUCAAACGCCUUGGCUCCUGAACAAAUGGGCUCCCAAACAAUUGGAACCUGGAAGUGACUGUUCUGCUUUUUGAACUUUUUUUGGAAGCCAAACAGCCAACUCGGCUUCCGAUUGGCUGCAGGAGCUUCCUGCAGCCAAUCAGAAGCUCCACUUUGGUUUCUGAACCUUUUCGGAAGUUGAAUGGACUUCCAGAACGGAUUCUGUUCAACUUCCAAGGUACCACUGUAUUAACUUUUGAGGAGUAUUUUAGUCUGUUGAUGAAUUACCGUACUGCCCGAAAGUUUACUGUUAUUAAGUAUGGCUAAGCAAGGAUCCCAAGAGUGUUCUUCUGUAUAUAUUUGAAAGAGUGUUGAUAAAUUUAUAUCAGCAGGUAUAAAUCUAUAGGCUGAAAUGUCAAAUGAAAGUAAAAUAAGGUGCUUUUCAGUACCAUUAACACACUAAUUACCAGUUAAAAGAUCCAAUGAACUCUCAAGUUAAUCUGUGGUACUGUUAACAGUUGAUACUUUGCAGUUGAUUAGUAGAGAAUCAUCUUCAUAGUUAGCCAGGAAAUGAUCCAGAAUUAGAAGUUAGAGAAGACUGUGUUCUAGCCUGACAGCUGAGCAUGGCAAUACAUUUUGUUCUCUUCACCACCUACACUUAUUAUGCUUGGAGGAGAUGGUGGGGGGAUGUAAUCAUGUCUAUUGGCUUUGUAAUCAGUUCAAAUGCCUCCAUCUUAAAUACACUUCGGAAAUCUUAACCCCAAAGUUUAAAUGGAUGGGAAAGCUUGAGAGAUUUCCGGAUCAAGUCUUGUUUUUAUCAGAAGGUAAAAUAGAAUGUGCACAAAGGUACACAAUGGCUGCUUUGUGCUAGUGGGAAACACUUGUGCAAGACUGGGCCCCUGAUUUUCACUGCUUCUUGCACCUCCUGAAAGUUGCAGCAGUAUGGGAUAUUGUAAGGUGCUCUCGUAGGUAGGGGAGGAUUGGUGAAAUUGGUUGCCCCACUUUGAGUGAUGGGUGGCUAGCCUAGUCCAAAGCCAACCCAAUGAGCCUGAUUUGCUGAUGGAAUGAUAGGUUGUUCAGUGAACUAUCUAUAAAAUUAGAGAAAAAUAGAAAAGUUUGAUGAUAGGGGUAUAUGUCAGCUGAAGGGCACUUCCAUGCUUUUUAAAAUGGGAUUUGCUGCUAUGGACUAAUACAGGUAUAAUAUUCCUGGACUCAGGUGCUACUAAUAUAGCAUUCAUAGACCUACCUCAAAUGAUCCCUUAGUUAGACCAACCAGUGUAUUUUUAUUUUAUUUUAAGUAUAAACUGUUGUUAGCAUUAAUGCAAAUCCCUAGUGAUGAUAUGUGUGUGUGUCAGAUAGAAGCCUUUUAAAAACCUUAUAAAAUGUUGAGCAGAGAGAAGAAUUAUUCAAGAGGAAUAAUAGUCCAUUUGUCACAGAGAAGAUUGGGUUUGGUGUGGAAGACCCUUCUGAUGGGUUGGGGUUUUGAGGAAAUGUGGCUCAAAAUAAGGCAGUCUUUCUUGCAACAGAAUUAUUAGGGUAAGUUAGAAGAAUUAUCUUUCAUUAGAUAAUUGAUCAAACCAGUGUCCACUGAACUGGGGAGUUACACCGAACUCUACUUCAAGCCUGAAUAUUUAAAGUACAAUUUUAAAUAUCAGGAAUUUUUAUGUCUGGGGGAUCCUACUGCUGAUAGUGCUUAUAACCUUCCUGAGGAACACCUUUAUUUUAUUUUAUUUACAUUUCCUCUGCUUCCUUAAAAUCUAGACUGAGAGACAGACGGAGCGUUUUCUGUAACACAGAUCCUUGCAUAUUUUUUUUGUCGUUAUGUAUUUUCUCAAUUAACAGAGUCUGAAAUUGCAACAGUUAGCAUGUGGGGGUUCACAAAACAUUUUUGAGGUGAGAAAGGGGUCUUUGUACUCAUAAAGAUUUGGAACCACUGAUCUAGGGAGAAAUGUAGGAAUAAUUUCUCAGCAGACGUUUUUCUCCAUUGCCUUCAUCAUUUAUUUUUGCUUGCUUAUGUUUUGUUUUUGUUUUCUGCUUAAAAGCUGCAAUUUAUCCUUUCUAUUAUUUCCUCCUCAGAUCUGCACCGUUGCUGCAACUAUUUCCCAAAGCACACCUAUUUUAGGAACUGCCUUUAUUUUUAUACGGAAGUGCAACUUGGAUUGUCACCUUCCCAAGUUACAAUAUGUUCCUGGCAGAUAGCUUAAUCUUACUGCUCUUUUUACAGCUUACUUCUGUUUGUAGGUGCUUUUUUGCACAGCCCUUUAAGACAAGACUAGGCAAGACAAGUCCAAGUACCUGCAAACAGCUCCCAAGAAAUCCUGUGGGGUGCUGUGAUUUGUGCCUGGACUAGUUCUUUAAUAGAAGAAUGAUCCUUCGAAUGAAUGAAUGACUGGCAGAGCUUUGGUUAAUAAAAAGUACCAUCUGAACACAGCCUUCAUAAAGCUACUUGAAGGUUUACAUUGUCUUGAAGGUUGAGUUAGCCUCCUCAGUGGUUGUUUUGCCACUACCGUUGUCAUCCCAUUUUAAGGGAAGGAGAAAGAGGGUAAUAUAUGCAUAGAACACUAUACAGUGGUACCUUGGGUUACAUAUGCUUCAGGUUACAAACUCUGCUAACCCAGAAAUAGUACCGCGGGUUAAGAACUUUGCUUCAGGUUGAGAACAGAAAUUGUGCUCCGGCGGUGUGGCAGCAGCAGCAGGCCCCAUUAGCUAAAGUGGUGCUUCAGGUUAAGAACAGUUUCAGGUUAAGAACGGACCUCCGGAACGAAUUAAGUACUUAACCUCAGGUACCACUGUAACCUGAAUUAAACAAAACAAGAGGUAUGAAUGUACUGUUAGAUAUGCUGUAUAAGUGCUAAUGUAAAAUGUGAAAGAUUGUGAUAAAAGGCAGACAGUCUUUAUUGCCAUGUGCACAUACAUGCAAUGAGUUGCUGACCCGUCACACAGUGAGGUUUUCUAUCUCUGGUUCCCCUAGAUUUUAUAUUCAUGUUGCAACCUUCAACUGCAGUCGUACCUUGCUUUCCGAACAGCUUAGUUCUCGAACGUUUUGGCUCCCGAACGCUGCAAACCCGGAAGUGACUGUUCCGGUUUGCGAACUAUUUUUGGAAGCUGAACGUCCUGUGGGGCUUCCGAUGGGCUGCAGCCAAUCAGAAGCCGCACUUUGGUUUCUGAACGUUUUGGAAGUCGAGCGGAGUUCUGGAACGGAUUCCGUUCGACUUCCAAGGUAUAUUUGCUGGAGGACCUGUUGCCUGGCUCCCACAAUAAUUUUGAGCCCUGCUUAGAUCCUCUGAUUCUCCACCUUUGCCUUUGGGCAUCAAGAGCAAAGGUCAUGGUGGACCUAAAGGCAAGCCUAGAUUUGCCUUGUUGGCUCUCGGACAGUGACUCAGCAGUGGCUCAGAGACAGGAGGAGGUGACAGAAAGUAUACAAGGCUAUUGGUCUGCCCUGGACCUUUGCUGGGUCUUCAGACCUUCUGCUCUCAUGCCAUUUCAUGAAAAGUCAGUAGUUGACUAAACUAGCUUAUGACAGAGGGGAUUUAAGUUCUAGUGGCAUGUCUAUUCCUCCCCACACCCGCCCCAGUUCCAAUAUUGCAGCCUUUCUCAACCUGUGGGUCCCCAGAUGUUGUUGAACUACAACUCCCAUCACCCCUAGCUAGCAAGGCCAGAGCUCAGGGAUGUUGGGAGUUGUAGUCCAACAACAUCUGGGGACCCACAGGUUGAGAACCACUGCAAUAUUGUGUUUAGACCUCUAGAAUGUAUUCUGUUGCGAUUAAUCGCCGGUGUGUGACAUGGCCAAAUUACAACAAUGGGUAUUUUGUGAAGCAAUACAUUUUCAUGUAUAGCUAACAGCGACGAGUUUAAUAAUACACCAAAAGCCACAUUCCUCUAUGCUGCUGUUGUUGAAAUGUAGCGAUGUAUCAUUUCUCUUAACUACAGUCAAAACAUUUUCCUGGCAAAUGUCCAAGGAUAAACAGCAGAAGUCAAUAACCAAAGUCUUCAGCUGUGGGGAAAAGUUUAUCCUGCUUAAAGUGCGUAUAGGCCUCUGAAAUGUGUUACUUUUAAUUAAGCGAAGGACAAAACUCCAUUCUCGAACAGUAUCACAAGCAGUAAGGGACGGAUACUUUAGCCAUUGAAGGGGUCUUAAGUUGACUGUUUAGCCAAUUUGCUUUUUAAAAACAAAAACCAAACUUAUUGCACAUCUGUUGAGUAGAGAUAUGAAAUCCUGGGAAAUAAACUCUGGGAACAUUCAAGGAGGGGAAUGGUCCUUACUCAUUUGUGUUUCUUCUCAGAAUUAUUGGAAAAAUUGGAAGUUUGGGGAAACACUUAAAAACCUUUUGAAAUACAUAUUUUUAGAAUGAGUACAAUGUUUUUAAACACUUUUAAAAAUGUAAAAUACUCUAUGGCAUUAGAGAAUCACAAUCCUGGCAUACAGCUAACUAGUCAAAGAUGCAUUUCUGUACCUAAAGGGUCCUGCCCUCUUCCUGACAGGAGUAUAAAAAGCCGUCAUUGCACAUGAAGUGCCUAUUGCCUUUUUCUAGUGACUUUUGAUCUAGUUUGGAGAUGCUGGAAGCAAAUAGCCUGCUUCGGCUUUCCUGUUGACCUACGUCUUCCUGGUUAACCUUUUCCAUGUCUCCUAAUCACCCUCCUACACAUUGGGAGUCAAUCAGUUUAUUGCCCUGCCUUGCUGGGUAAUAAAAAGGUCAGAAGAAAGCAGGGCAGAAACUGCAGAAAUUCUCCUUAUGGGUGGCAAAACCUCAGAGGAAAAAAUUCAUCCGUUUUGGGUGACUUGUACAAGGAAGUGGAGCACAACUGGGUAUAUUCACAAGUUUGUUGGUAUGAAACAAAGUCAUUUAUGGUUUUAAAUAGGCCAAAUGGUACCAUUUUAUAUUUUAAUUAAGUUAAAAGUGAUGCAUUUCAUUUGUUCGAGCAACUAAUAAAGUUUUGUUUGGAUAAGGAAGUAAAUAUUGCACAUAUCUCCCCCACUACCCAUUUUGUGUGUGUCCCUCCCUCCCAAUGAAAUGUGGUGGGGAAAUAUGGGAAAACAAGUUUUUCUCCACAGCUUUAAAUGUUUCUGGAGAUUUUUACGUUUCUACUAUUAAGAUGUGAUUCUAUCUUCCAUUUUCCCAUCUGGCGCUGGGUGACCUUGGGCUAGUCACACUUCUUGGAAGUCUCUCAGCCCCACUCACCUCACAGAGUGUUUGUUGUGGGGGAGGAAGGGAAAAGGAGAAUGUUAGCCACUUUGAGACUCCUUCGGGUAGUGAUAAAGCGGGAUAUCAAAUCCAAACUCUUCUUUUUCUUCUUCUUCCUUCCUUUUUCUCCCAUCAUCCACCAAAAUCAAUUUGGACUUCUUUAACGUGCCAGUUUGUCACUUAAGAAAUAUUACUUAUAAAAUCUGGCAAUCCCACAAAUUCAGGAUGGGAUAGAGAGAUACUUGGAAUUUGUCCUUUGACAAAUGAUCUAGAGAAGGAACAAAUGCAAAUGAUCAAUUAUUUUGGUUCACAACAAAUAGUGAGCAGCGCAGAGAUUAUCUUUAGGUGUGACUGUCCGCCUUACCAUAUGGAGCAAAACAGCUGCGUUCUGCAGCCAAGAUAAGAAAAUUUCCUUCUAUUUUUAUACUAUUCAUUGGGGAAAUGUGUGUGUAUAUGAUUGGGAGAAGAUGGCGGGAGGGAGAGAAAGCUGUUAGCAAUCUUAGCUCUUCCCUUUUUAAACAGUGGCAGUGCCCUUGACUUCCCCAAACAUCACAUACUCAAGUUUUAGGCUUGCUCUUUUUGGUGUAGUGUUUAACACCAAGACAGCAACAUAGAAUGGGGGGAAUACAAAACCUAUUUUUGGUGGCAUGCUACCACAAGCAACGGGGACGCGGGUGGCGCUGUGGGUUAAACCACAGAGCCUAGGACUUGGCAAUCAGAAGGUCGGCGGUUCGAAUCCCCACAACAGGGUGAGCUCCCAUUGCUUGGUCCCUGCUCCUGCCAACCUAGCAGUUCGAAAGCAUGUCAAAGUGCAAGCAGAUAAAUAGGUACCGCUCCGGCGGGAAGGUAAAUGGUGUUUCCGUGCGCUGCUCUGGUUCACCAGAAGCAGCUUAGUCAUGGUGGCCACAUGACCCAGAAGCUAUACGCCGGCUCCCUCAGCCAAUAAAGCGAGAUGAGCGCCGCAACCCCAGAGUCGGCCACGACUGGACCUAAUGCUCAGGGGUCCCUUUACCUUUACCUUACCACAAGCAACAGCAGAAUUUUGAGUGGUUUUAUUUUGCUUAAUUUUAUUGCAUUGGUGGUUUGUGGGUUAAUGGUUUUUGUAACUUUAAAUUUAUAUACCACCCUGAAAUCUAUUUUUAGAUGAUGGGUGGUUUAUUAUUAUUAUUUUUUAAGAAAUACAUAUAAUGGAGAUUUGUGCGAUUAGCAGGUUGGUGCCUUUUGGCUGGAGUGAUGAUAAUUUACCUGAGGGCUGGCUUUUUUUGGUGCCAUCGCCUUUGCAACUGUAAUAUGCGUGUUAGUCCCAAAGUUAUGCUGAAGUUGGAGGAUCACCUGACCUGAAUGAUGAGACUAAAGAACCAAGUUAGUAAUUGAAACUGAAUCUUUUCAAUAACCUGAGGCCUUGUUACAUUAAUUUACUGUGCUGAUCGGAGUAAUAUGAGCACUCGAGUGUCAAAUCUGAAGAACUCUGCUACAGCAGAUCUCUCUUCAGGAUUCCCUGAUGCCUGUCAUUUAGAUGCCGUCAAAUGUGUGCACUUCAUGAUGAGGGCUCUCUUUGUGAAAUUCCUGUCUGUAGAAAAAUUCCAUUUUGAAGCCCUAACUAAUGGUAUGUAAUUUGAUUGCCACUUAUUGAUCUUUGUCAUGUAGAAAAUAUUAAGUUGAUCAAGGAUUGUUUCACUUCAUCAUGAAUCCCUUGCCUGCCUUGGGAAUAAAAGUAUAAAUUACUGUGCCGAUAAGAGGUUUCAUCUCAGCCUCUGUCCCCCCACCCCCAAAUUCUUUAUUUCUUGAAAAAUGAAUUUAAAAUUGAAUUCUGGAUAUAUAUUUUUCCUGUGAAACCUCAGCCACUGUUAAAACAUGUACCUCCAGCACAGAGAAAUGCUGUUUCUUUUUGCGCAGUGUUUAAGUAUGCAUGAAAAUUGAUAAAUAAGGUAGGCUCUUCACAUACUUAAAAAAAAAAUGAAAAAAUAGGGCCCUUGUAUUUGUAUUUAAAGGUAAAGGGACCCCUGACCAUUAGGUCCAGUCGUGACCGACUCUGGGGUUGCGGCGCUCAUCUCGCUUUAUUGGCUGAGGGAGCUGGCGUACAGCUUCCGGGUCAUGUGGCCAGCAUGACUAAGCUGCUUUUGGCAAACCAGAGCAGCGCAUGGAAACGCCCUUUACCUUCCCGCCAGAGCGGUACCUAUUUAUCUACUUGCACUUUGACAUGCUUUCGAACUGCUAGGUUGGCAGGAGCAGGGACCGAGCGAUGGGAGCUCACCCCGUCGCGGGGAUUCGAACCGCCGACCUUCUGAUCGGCAAGUCCUAGGCUCUGUGGUUUAACCCACAGCGCCACCAGUGUCCCUUAAUUUGUAUUUACCAGUGGAUUAAUUAAAGUUCCCCAUCCCAACGUGCUUUAUUUAACUUGGGUUUUGAACCACCAUGGCCUUGUGCUGCUAUUUGCAUGUGCAAAAUGUCCACGUAAAUAAUGAAACUUGAUAUCACUUGGUAUCAUUUUAUGCAUGUUUGAUAUUUACUUUGUACGGUUCACAUCUGUGUACAGUGACGGCCCUGUAUAAAUGCCACAUUAUUGGAAUUGCGUACUUGUUUAAAAUAGGUUGGGCAAAUACAUUGCAGAUAAAAACUGAAGGGGAUUUUCCAAUAAUACUGAAAAGGCCUGCCGCAAGGUAGGUGUUUAGUGCGAAUUCGUUUUGCCCCCUCCCCGCCAAAAAAAAGUAUUGUGAAAGUUGUUCCUAAAUUUAGACAAGCAAGGAGAUUGUGUUCCAAUUAGGCAGUGAAUUGAAAAUGAUAGAUACUGCAGCUAAGAGCUUUCAGUAGUGCAUAGGUUGCUCUCUGGGUGGUGAGUUCCACUCCACAGUGUUCAGGUUAUAUAAAUAUUUUAAUAACUUUUUUCAUCCUUUACAUCAAAACGAAUGCUGCUUCCACCUUUUCGUUUCUCUCUUCCCUUCCCCCACUCAGUAUCAGAGCUGUGAUCUAUUUACAGUAAAUUGUCAGUACACCGUUGCUCCAGCUGUUUAUGGAGCUUGUUUUGCCUUUUAAUUUCUUAGUAUGUCAUUGUCUUUCAUAUUUAAACCUCAUUUCUCUUUGGUCUCAAUUCGUAAACUAUUUUUCACUGUGCAUUUUGUGCAGUCUUUUUCUGCGGGAGUAACAAAGCUGCUCCGAAAUGACAGAUACUGGGAAGAAACGAACAUUUUAACAAGCCUGCUUAGCUGAGAAGAAGAUAAAAUGAUUGUUUCACCUGAUAGGCCUUGGGGAUAAAAAUGCAGAUGCCAAGCCACUUGUUUUGAUUGGUUAAAAUCAGGAACAAGAAAUCCUCUCCUCACAUGUUGAUGUGAGUAAAUAUGGAUUCCAGAAAUGCUUGGAAGGAUCAGGGAACUUAGAGAUGUAUGCCAUCCACAAUCUGGCCGGCAUUUACCCUUCUAUCCAAGGAAGAAUCUAUAGAAAUCCAAAUUCCUUUAAAGAUAUGUCAAUAUUUCAUCUUCAUAACUCACUUUCACAGUCCAUUAAAUGGAGGAUUUCUUGUGGGAACAGAUUGAACUAGGAUGGCUGACCAUAGUAUUGGCUCCCUUCAUCUGUAUAUGCACUAAGGAGUAGCUGCUUUUUAAGUUCCUUAUAGCUGACAAAACUCCUCUCACCAGUGAAAUGUACGGUGCUGACUAUGUGCUCCCAUUUAAUCUUUACAGCUUAUUUUUGAACCAUUCAUGUAUGUCAGGGGUGGCUAACCUUUUAGGUUCCAUGGCCCAGAUUGGUCUUGUGGGUAAAAUUUAUGACAGUGGAUCUGGGCUGCCCACCUGUCAAACAACCUGGCGUCGAAGCAGCAUCAGGUACAAAAUGUUUUGAAGGCCAUGGACUUCAAUGCAGUUUGCAAGGUCCUUCUUAAGGGCAGUGUCACCCCCUUCAUUUUAGCAGGGGAUUUCAUGCAAAACGUUUCCUGAAUCAUGAAAGGGUUUGCAUGAAAUCCUGCCAAACUAAAGAGGAUUUAACUCCCUGCUCAUUACCUUAAAUCCUGCAGAUAUGGUUGUAUGCCUUUGCUCCCUUCUGAGAAUAGGCAAGCAGUCAACUCUGGGUUUAACCCCACCCCCUGCUAUUGGCUGACAUUGCAAGUGAUGUCAAGUUGAUGGGCAGGUGGACAUUGUUUGGAGAAGAUGGCCACAUUGGCCAACAGGGACCCCUAGCCAAGUCAAGAUUGGCCCACAGGCCAGAGGUUCCUACUCCCCAUGUAUGCGUUGGUACAAGCUAAGCUAGUCCUUUUCAUUUCCCCCCACUUUCAGUGCAUAGGACUGCAGAAAGCUUAUGUGUAAGGGCCUAGCCCGAUGUUAUAUGAGCCUCAUGGCUGCCACUGAAAACAGCAGUCCCCUAUUGCCAUAUCAUCUCUAUUCUGGUAAUGUCUAAUAUUUUUGGCAAAGCAUUUAAAGGGUUUUACCUCAGGACUCGGGACGCGGGUGGCUCUGUGGGUUAAACCACAGAACCUAGGACUUGCCGAUCAGAAGGUCGGUGAUUCGAAUCCCCGUGAUGGGGUGAGCUCCCGUUGCUCGGUCUCUACUCCUGCCAACCUAGCAGUUCUAAAGCACGUCAAAGUGCAAGUAGAUAAAUAGGUACUGCUUCAGCGGGAAGGUAAACGGCGUUUCCGUGCGCUGCUCUGGUUCUCCAGAAAUGGCUUAGUCAUGCUGGUCACAUGACCCGGAAGCUGUACGCUGGCUCCCUCGGCCAAUUAAGGGAGAUGAGCGCCGCAACCCCAGAGUCGGUCACAACUGGACCUAAUGGUCAGAGGUCCUUUUACCUUUACCUUAGGAAAACAUUCUAUUUCGUUAAAAACAAAAACCACUCCUCCCAACCUGAAAAUGAGCACAGAGCAAGGGUUUGAAGUUCAUAUGGACCACUGCAGUGAGAACACAUGCUGCAAACUCCCUCAUACUAGGCCAGACUACAGUGGUACCUCGGGUUAAGAACUUAGUUCGUUCCAGAGGUCUGUUCUUAACCUGAAACUGUUCUUAACCCGAGGUACUAUUUCUGGGUUAGCAGAGUGUAACCUGAAGCGUCUGUAACCCGAGGUACCACUGUAUUUGCCCAUAUCAGCCAAUAACGUCUUAUCCAACUGGAAGUGGCACGGCAGGAUCUUGUGCAGGAAUCUUUCGUGUUCCUUGCUGCUUGCUGCUUUAAAAAAAGAAAACUGGAGAUGCCAAGGAUUUGAAAAAUACUGAUGCGCACCAUGUGCUCUACUACUGCUCUGUGGUCCAUCCCUUGAGAUUUGAACCAGAUAUUUAGAGUGGAAUCUUGAGCAUGUGUCUAAUUUUCAAUCUGGUAUUUCCGGCUUCCUUGAAUACAUAGGUUGGUUCAACCAUUUCAGUUUGUCAGAUGGCACGAUCAUCCUGCCCCCAGGCACUGUUCCGGGGUUUCUCACAGUGCAUCCCACACCCCGAGCCAAUUUCAGUGGGAAAGGGAGAGUGGGAACCCCAUUACACUCGUGGAAGCUCAGGCUUCCACCAGUGGGACUGAAUCCUGCCCAUUGCAUUUGCUCUCCCUGCCUUGUAAAAACUGGUGUGGGUUUUGAACUUGAAGCACACAUUGUCUUCCAGAUUGCAUUCUGGUAUCUUGAUGUUCAUUGUUGUCAUAUUAUAACUAAACAAGCAAACGAAAUGGAACGAUAGUUUGCCUGGUUUAAUCAAAGGCCUCCUUUUGCCUGGUCAACAUGACAUACCAUGAUGCCUUUUUACAAAUUUUCUCUCCCCAGCAAGUCAUGUUGUGUGUUUGUGAGUUACUAGGCUGCUGGGGUAGGGAUGCGGGCUUGCCGAUCAGAAGGUCGUGGUUCGAAUCACCGCAAUAGAGUGAGCUCCCAUUGUUCGGUCCCAGCUCCUGCCCACCUAGCAGUUCGAAAGCACAUCAAAGUGCAAGUAGAUAAAUAGGUACCGCUCCGACGGGAAGGUAAACGGCGUUUCCGUGGAUUGCUCUGGUUCGCCAGAAGCGGUUUAGUCAUGCUGGCCACAUGACCUGGAAGCUGUCUGUGUACAAAUGCUGGCUCCCUUGGCCUAUAGAGUGAGAUGAGCGCUGCUACCCCAGAGUCGUCCGCGACUGAACCUAAUGGUCGGGGGUACCUUUACCUAUAGGAUACUGGGGUAGAAAGAGAUGUAGGGUUACUGCUUUCAGAAGUAACUAUACUGCUCAGCAGAGCAGCCUAAUCCUGGGGCCGUUGCGUAGGGGUUGGUUAGAUGCAGAAUUUAGUGUCUGGUCUUCGUUCAUUUCUGCUAUGCCCCUGGGCUACUAUUCUGCUUGCUAGGAAUUUGGUAUUAUCGCAUAUCACAAUAAAAGCAAAGCAUGUAAUGGAAUUUUAAGAAGAUAAAACACCUAGGACGUAUGCUGACUCCAGAGUCAGAUAAGAUUUCAUUCUAUAACGCUUUAAUUAAUCUCAGAAUGUUGCUGUCUCUUUAGAUUCAGGGGGUGAUUUAUAAGUGGUUUUUUAAUAAAAUAUUCAAAACAAUUUGCCUUUUUCUAAGCUUUUUAUAUCAUCAUGACUAUUUUGCUUUGGGAGGGCAAGGCAAGUCUGAGACUCAGGAAUUCUGCCUGAGGAUUCGGUUUUUGGGGGGUGGGGGUCGGAACUGCUAUGCAGAAAUGAAUAGUAGUGGUGGUGGGUGAAGGCUUUCUCAUGGACUUGACUUUCCUUAAGUGAAAACUGAUCUAUAACACAAUAAUAACAUUAGUUUGAAAGACAGCGGUAACUUAAUGAAGGUAACAUAGGAUCUCUGUGCAUAGGAUCCUAAAGAAUUAGUGUUCUGAUUAUGUACAUUCACUUAGUUGGAUCUAUAGUGUGUUGAGGUUAGUGAUUCCCCCUGCUUCAGUUUAGCAUGAAACAGCCUUUUUAGGAAAUUCCUUCUGAGCCUCAGGAGUGAUUUUUAAGGGCUGCCACCCCCUCUGUAAGCAUGGUUUGAAUCAUAGAAUCAUAGAGUUGGAAAGGACCCUGAGGAUCAUCUUACCCCAUCCCGCUGCAGUGCAGGAAGAUUCAGUUGUCCCACAUGGGGAUCAAACCUGCAACCUUCUUUGAAGAUAACCCCAUUUUUAUAUUUUGAGAAGCUUUUUAAUUCUGUAGCGGUCCUUUAGGGUGUUUAGUUUUCAGGAGCUUGCAUAUUUAUAUGUACAUACAGUGGUACCUCGGUUAUCGAACGCCUUUUAAGUCGAACGUUUCGGAACUUGAACGCCGAAAACCCGGAAGUAAAUGAAAUGCCUCAGUUUUCGAACGUGCCUCAGAACUCGAACAGGAAACGUGGCUUCCAUUCUGAGUUUUCUGUUUUGAGGCUUCCGCUUUCGGUUUUCAUUUUUCGAACGUUUCGGAACUCGAACAGACUUCCGGAACGGAUUAUGUUUGAAAACCGAGGUACCACUGUACAGUCAUGCCUUGGGUUGAAGUAGUUUCCGGUUGAGCAUUUUCGGCUUGUGCUCCAUGGCGACCCGGAAGUAACGGAGCAUGUUACUUCCGGGUUUCACCGCAUGUGCAGACGCUCAAAAUGACGUUGUGCGUGGAAGCGGCAAAUCGCAACUCGCGCAGAUGCAGGUUGCGUUCGCUUCAGGAUGCGAACGGGGCUCCGGAAUGGAUCCUGUUCGCAUCCAGAGGUAUUACUGUAUAGUGUUUAUAAGCUUUUAAUCUUGCUUUCCUAUCCAAGGAAAUAGAAGAGUAGAAGUCUUGACUUAUCAUCACAACAGUUGUGUGGUAUAGGUUAGCCCUGACUGUGAUUGAGUCAACGGUACAUUGUGAGCUUCAUGGCUUAGCAGACAUUUUAACUUGGGUCUCCUAGAUCUCAAGUCCAACAGUCUAGAUAAUAUUUCACGGUGGCUCUUUAAGAGGUCUUAAGAUCUGUUUGAACCUAGGUAGUUUACCAGAAUCCCAGCCGUGGCACUUUACCUCAGUCAUAACAAUGUUUAGUUGGACCCAGAAUUACCAGAAUGAUAACAGAAUUUAAGGAAGCCCAUCAGCACACAAGAAAACAAAUGGAAACACAUUGUUAUGAUCAGAUGUCUAGUGUGCAGACAGCAUUUGCUAAAGAUUUUUGUUCACUUGUGGAAGUGAUUGGAGAGCUUUUCCUUUAAAGAAGAGACCAUCUAUUCAAAGACAAUUGGAGGCCUUCUGCUAUGGAGAUGUUUAACUAUGGAGAAAAGUGAACAAAAGUCAGAACAAUAAAACAUUAUUUUGUAGCUAAACAACCAGGGUGUCAAAAGAAAGAAAGAAGGAAAGAAAGAAAGAAAGAAAGAAAGAAAGAAAGACUGGCAUUAAUUUAAAAAGCAUGUAGAGCACUCUUCAUAACUUGAUGCCCAAACACAGGGUAGGAAUUUUGAUGGUUUCUCUGAACGCAGAAGUUAGGUAUGCCCUCCUUCACUAUCUUUUGCGGUAAGAAUGCCCCCGGAUAUAAAACAGCGACUUAAUGUAAUGCAUAGAAGACUUCUCAGCUACAGCAUGAGUCACCCACUGUUAUGUAUAUUCAUUGAUGGAGCAGACAUCAUUCAAAUUCUGGAGCUUACUGAUGCUCUGCUAGGAGUGGAAUGUGUGCAAUAUAACAUCUCAAAUGAAACUAUGCAUACCACUGAGAGGUUUGUUGUACUGCCCUAGGACAGAACAAGCGCUUGCAUUGAUGUGGUCAAGGGCAGAAAGAAGUCGCUUGCAAGGAGGAUUUGUGGAAGGAAUUCCACCAACGUGAGCUACUCUUGAACAGCAUGUAAAGAAGGCAGUUUUCUAGGUUGGUCGUGCCUGGAGACAGACUCUUGUUUCCAAGGCCUUUCCUUCCCCAAAAGGUUUAGGCUGGAUUCAGGUGGGUGACGGAAACUCUAAAUGGCUUUCUUCUGGCUGCCCAAAAUAUCAGAAGGACAGGGAAUGCAAAACUUCCCUGUUCUCUUGUGAGGCUGAAUGCUUCAGCAAAUCAGUCUGAUAAACCAGAAUAAUCUUCAGCAUGUGUGUUUGUUAAAUUUAAAAGCCAGUAUAACUAUCUUAAGAACAUAUCCCAGAAUUCCUACUUGGUUUCCGUUAAAUUGCCAUCCUGUCUUCUGCCCUCAGACUUUGGCCUAUCGACACAAGGAAUCCACAAAGUUUUAUUGAUAAAACCAUCACUGAAAAGGUUGGCUGACCAGCCACCUAACCUUUGAAGAUGGUGACAACUGGAGAAGGUGCACCUCAAAUUCUAGUUGGGCUUGUGGAAUUGAACUGUUUUGGAGUACUUUCCAUUUGGAUGUGUGUGCUCCUGUGUAGAGCCUUGUUUUUUGUAAAAAAAAUAAUAAUCAGGGAUGGGGCACCGGCAGUCUGCCAUGGUGUUAUUGGAGUCUCAUCAGUCCUGACCCUUGGUGAUGCUAGCUGGGGAGUUCUGGUCCAACAACAUCUGGAGAAGAAGAAGAAGAAGAGUUUGGAUUUGAUAUCCCGCCUUUCACUCCCCUUCAGGAGUCUCAAAGCGGCUAACAUUCUCCUUUCCCUUCCUCCCCCACAACAAACACUCUGUGAGGUGAGUGGGGCUGAGAGACUUCAGAGAAGUGUGACUGGCCCAAGGUCACCCAGCAGCUGCAUGUGGAGGAGUGGAGACGCGAACCCGGUUCCCCAGAUUACGAGUCCACCGCUCUUAACCACUACACCACACUGGCUCACACUGGAGGGCCACAGGUAGACAAUACAGUACAUAGAACUGCAUGAAGACGAAUUCCCAUCUCUUAUUGAUUAUUGUAGUUUCUACUGGUACAGUUAUGCAGAGUUCAAGCAAGUCCCGGGAACAAAUUACUGAUCUUUAUUCUUGUAAGGAUUGUCCCAUGCUGCUCGUGUACUGCUUAAAUUUGGUCUGUUGCUGAACAUUGCUACUUCAGGUGAAGCCCAUAGGUGUCUGUUAACAGAAGAUACUGUCUUUUUAGGAAUCUCCCUUCUGAAUGGUGUUUCUCAGAAAUGAUGGAAGUGUACGCCAACAAUGACUUGAAAGUGAAGUGCUUGGAAAUUUUGUGAAACGUGCCUUAACGGUUAAGCACACUGGUUUGACUGUUGCUCAAAACAUUAUUUGCUUAGUGACUUAAGAUGUGCACCUUGGAUAACAAAUUACCUUGAGCAUUCAUUUCCACCUAGGAUUUAAUGAUAUUCAGGGUUUAAAGCUUUCUAUAGGCAAUGGUGUCAGUAAGGAAAGCUAAGCAUGGUCUUGAUCUUCAGGACGCAUUUCAAAACACGCAAAGUAGGGAGUGGCUUGAGAAAGACAAAGGAAAUACAGUGGUACCUCGGGUUACAUACGCUUCAGGUUACAUACGCUUCAGGUUACAGACUCUGCUAACCCAGAAAUAUUACCUCAGGUUAAGAACUUUGCUUCAGGAUGAGAACAGAAAUUGUGCUCUGGCGGCGCAGCAGCAGCAGGAGGCCCCAUAGGCUAAAGUGGUGCUUCAGAUUAAGAACAGUUUCAGGUUAAGAAUGGACCUCCGGAACGAAUUAAGUACUUAACCUGAGGUACCACUGUAGAAAUAAGCUUUCUGAAAAGGUUUGAAGGAAAGGUGUGACCAUAGCUAGCUAACUUAAUUUUAUCUCGGUAUCCUUUGUGGAAGGAUUUUCCUGUGAGCAAUCUAGGUUAUAGCAUUCGUAGGCUAGACUGUUACUGAGCAUCAGAAUCACUUAGGCUCUAUGUGACAUUCAAAAAUUAAAUGUAUAAGUCUGUUAACUAAAGGAAGUCUGGAUUUACAAUUUUAUUAAAGUAUACUCACUAAUAAGGACUUCUCUAUGAAUCAAUAUAGCCUCUGCAGAAAUUAGCUGGUAGGAAAUUUUUACAAAAGGACUGGCAUUAUCGCCUUGAUAAUGUUUUAAUGUGAAAGAAAAGUCGUAUAAAAUUUUAUAUUGCUGGUAUUCAGUACCACAUAAAAUCAGAUACACAGGCUCCAGCAGCAUAAAUGCUAUAUAUAAUCUCUAACUAAAGGCAGAUUUUAUAUAUUUGGUAGGAUUGUUCCAAGAUAAAGAGUUUUCUUUAUGGGAGGAUACUAACAGCAUCCCCAGCUUUCCAUUAAUAUUAGGCAUGUAUUCUUUAAUCAAUUGCUCACUCAAGAGCAUUAUGACCAAGCGUGGAAUCUUUUAACAGUAGUAAAUUCUGGCAUGCUUAAUGAAAAUCAGUGGCAUCCAAAUGUAUGUUUGGAAGGUUUCUCAAAUUGCAAAAUAUUCAGAGGAGUAUGUGCGAAUAAGGAUGGAUAGACAGGUCAAAGUUGUGAAAAAUAUUGGGUUCUUCUCAUUAACGUCAUGAAAGUAAGAUAUAUUAACAGGGAGUAACCAACACUGCCUGGGAUUUUUAAAGAACCCACCAAAUACUGUGUUUUUUAAAUGGAUUGUAUAAUUGGCCACUUUAGACCCAUCAUGCCAGAGUCACUUUUUGAUUCGAAAUCUUGAUUCAAAAUGGCAGCCAGCAUACCAAUGGCAAUGAAAUCUGCUUCCCCCUCCUUGGGGAAUAUCUUCACAGAGUUUGGAAAUGUUAUCUCUAGAGGUGGCCAAACCUAUGUCAAUAAAGCGGCACCGUCACACUCAAGUCACCUUUUAGUGCACCGUCUUGAUUCAUAAUGGUGCCUGGCACUCAAACACUGACCCCUCCCCACCCCCCACAAGUUUGGCAACAAUGUCUGGGUAGGCGGCUGAACCUAUGAAGAACAAACAGACAAACCACUUUCCAAAAUAUAUAGUAGAUAACAGAAAUAGCCAAUAUGGUGCCCUCCAGAACAACUCUCCUCCCUGACCUAUAGCAAUGGAAGCUGGGAUUGGUGAAUGUUAUAGUCCACAGCAUCGGCUAUCCCAGUGUAGAAUUUACAAAAUAGUAUGUUUUGUAAGCAAAUUUUAGUAACCUUUGUUAUGAUUAUAGUGUACAGUGGUACCUCAGGUUACAGACGCUUCAGGUCACAGACUCCGCUAACCCAGAAAUAGUACCUUGGGUUAAGAACUUUGCUUCAGGAUGAGAACAGAAAUUGCGUGGCGGCUGCAGGAGGCCCCAUUAGCUAAAGUGGUACCUCAGGUUAAGAACAGUUUCAGGUUAAGAACAGACCUCCAGAACAAAUUAAGUUCUUAACCCAAGGUACCAUUGUAUUGUUUUUAUACAAUGAAAAUCCUAACCCUACUUAAUCUGGGAGUAAUCCCCACUGAAUGCAAUAGGACUUCUGAGUAGGCAUAGUUAGGAUUGUGUUGUUAUUUUUUCUCUCUCUUUCUGUAUACAUAUGCAUCUUUAAAUUAUAAUUAAUCAUGUGAGACAGAUUAUUACCCCGUGCUAAUGGGGCUUGGACCAAAGACAGCUCAGGCAGCAGCUAGGCUCGUUCUUGCUGGAACAAAAUAUGUUCCUUUCCUCCCACGUUGAGAGCAGACCAGGAUGUAGCUCAGGGUUUGUGUCAGAGUUGGAACUAUUUAUGAAACUAAUCCAUAUUUUUGAAUGAUUUCCACAUCUAAUCCUGCAGGACUCUCUAUUUGAGUUUUAAAAGCAGAAACGACAUGAUUGGAUUCUUGCUCAGAUAUUGUAUUCAGAUAGUUCUGAAGGUGCCAUUAGAUUGACAAGUCUGCAACAGCAUAUUGUUUAGCAAUUUAUAGCAUUCUGUCAUUAGUCUUUGACACAGUAGUACAGUCAACAAUCAAAAUACAAUAUAGCAAAAUUUAAAAAGGAGGGAGCCUUGGAAGUCCAACGAUAGGGGUAAGUUUGCUUUUAAUCAAGCCAUAGUCCAUAUUGCUGCUGGAUUUCUUUUUUUUUUUCUAAUUUCUUUUUAUUAAUUUUCUAAGCCAAACAACAACAGAAAAAAGAAAAACAAACCGAACACACCAAUGAGAAGAAAAGAGAAAAACAUCAACCAAAACAGAAAAUAUAAACAAACCAGAAGACAAACAUCAAUUAACACAAAUAAAAGUUGACUUCCCUCCAUCUCGAUUUUGGAUUAUGUAAAGUAGUAAUUCUGUUCUGCAGUUUUCAUUUUAUAUCAUCUAAACAUCGCAAGGAUUAUAUUAAACCUACUGUGAUUUUUAUAUCUCUAGAAUUUGAUUCCAUGUACAUUAUAAAUUUAUUCCAGUCAUCAAUAAACUUUGUACCUUUUUGCUGUCUGAUAUUCUGUGUCAUUCUUGCCAAAUCCAUAUAUUCAAAUAAUUUAAUUUGCCAAUCUUUAACAGUCGGGAUAUUUGGGGUUUUCCAAUUUGCUGCUGGAUUUCUAACCCUGUUGUGUUUAUUUUUAGGGUAUGAUAAGCUAUUGUUGACUACGUCAGCAUAAAGAAUCACAUUGUUAAACUUGCUUAAUAUUCUUUAUGAUCAGUUCCUGGUUUUUUAAUCAUUCUUAUGUUUCUUAAGCUACACCAAUUCAAGCUUAAACCUUUUUUUGCUUGAUCUUUGGCUAGACCUGAAUAAUACGGGAGAACGACUUCUCCUUCUUAGUGAAUCUGUAGUGCUUCUGCAACAUCCAGUAUGUUUUUCAGGCUUCAAUCCUAUAUGUACUUACCCAGGAGUAAUUUACACUGAACAACGUGGCUUACUUCCGAGUAGACUUACGUAGGAUCUGAAAUGCUCUAAUACUCUAUAUACAGUUUCUCAGUGCUGUUUUGGGGCAACUAUGUGGUCUUUUCCCUAGGAAGAUAGCUGAUUAUUUGAGUACGCAUCUCCUUUUUGUUAAGGUCAUGAAAAAAAGAUGUAGCAUGAGUUUUAGUAUCUUCUUCCCUUUGAAUGCAAUGGUGCAUUUUAACUGCAAAAGCUAUCAUGGUUGAAAUAAUAUCCCAAAUGUACCUGUAAUGUUCAACUUAACAUUCAUCACAGCAAUGUUUGUUUUUUAGUGCAAAUGCCUCAUUUCAGGUAUAUUACUGUUAUAGCAUAUGAGUGUUUUGUAGAGCAUCUCCAAAUACUUAAAAGAACUUUUGACAUGCUUUCCAAUUUCUUUAAUCCUUUUUACAGUUUUUUUUAUUAUUAUGUUUGAUCAUGAAGAGGUCAGGUGCAGAAGGUUUUAAAACCUAUCCUCAGGGUCCACUUAAGGCAGCUGAAAACUACUGAGGUCGACUAGUCACAAAAUGGUGGUGCAGUGGCAGAGCCAUUCAAAAAUUGGUGGUAGAUGGAGGCAGUGUUUAGCAUUUUUAAAAAAUGAUCUCUAAUCCAUCUUUAGAAAUUGCUAAAUUCUUUGCCAAAGCAUUUCCCUUGUCACAGGGAGUUCAAUAACUUGGCUUUCCUUAAGUUAUACUGCAAGGAGAUGUUUUCAUUUAACUAUUUUCCUUCUCACCCCAACAUGUCUCUCAAUAUAUUUUUACCCAUCUCCUGUAAUUUUUCUCCCAUUCUCCAUGUACCUUACUCUCAUUCCCACAAGCUGUCAGUUUCUUUUAUCCUUCCUGUCUGGUCCUUUUACAUUCAAUUAGUAUAGUUGUUUCUUUGUUUUGGUGCUAUAACGAAUGAAGUACUCUGAAGGAGAAGUUUUCUCUUUUACCAGCUCCCCACAAAGCUACGUAUCAGCCAUGGCCUUAAUUUAAGAGUCCAUUGCCUUUAAUUAUAAAACAUGGACUGUUUUCAUAUACACAAUAAUAUGCUUGCAGUACCUUAAGAUUAACCUGACCUGGGGGUGGAGGAAGAUUAGCUGUGUCCCUCUAAUAUUUUUCCUUUUUUUAGGAAAAGCAUUUGGGUUGCACUCAGUAACUGAUUAUUAGGUAUUUUUCAACUAAAACUUUUAACAGCAAUCUGAAAGACCACCUCUUCUACAGUGUUAUGAUGUGCAGAGGGGGGUCCUCCUGGUAGCACUACUGCCCUUGGAAAUUAUGGCAGUGGUGGCUCAGAAGACCCUUCAGCUAUGGAAUUCCCUCACCACAGAGGUGCACCCGGCACUUCAAUGGUAUCGCUUUAGUUGUAUACUGAAGACAUAAAUCCUUACUCUUUCCUUUGGCACCUGAGGUAUAUGGUUUAGCAUCCACCCUAGUCUCUUGACUGUAAUUCUUUUUUAACUGAUUUUAAUAUGUAUUUUUUUACAUUGCUGUAACCUGCCAUGGGACCUCAUGGUGAAGGGAUGUGUGUGUGUGUGUAAGAAAUAGAAUUACAGUCAAACUUCAGUUGUUGAACGUCUCAGCUGCCGAACGUUUCGGAAACUGAACGGCAACAACCCAGAAGUAACUGCUUCCGUUUUCGAACGCUCCUCAGAUGUCGAACGGCUUCUGAGGCGUGUUUCUCUCUCUUUUUCAAUGAGAUUUGCCGACAGCCCUUUGAUCCUUGGUUGUCGAACAUUUCGGAAGUCGAAUGAUCUUCCGGAAUGGAUUACGUUCGACAACUCAGGUUCCACUGUAAUAGUAAUAGUUGGGCACCUGGUUUUGUUUUGAUUUGCUUACUGCAGCCCUCUACAUGAAAUCUUACUCUGUUCCAACGGCCCAUGACUCUCAGAUGUAGUCCCCAGAAGUCCCCUCAGAAGUGAGGACGUACAAAGCUCAGAAAAGAAUGGAUCAGUAACUGCUUCUAUUAUGGCAAUGCCAUCUUUGGAUACCAUCCCAUAUGUCUACAGUAUUGAUGGGUUCUGAACUUUCUUGAGUUUGAAGCCAUUUAUCUGGUCUGUUGCUACAAAGGCUGCUUCCAGCUGUAGUGAAAGAGGAGAAAGUGAGACAGUGGAUAUUAUGGCACGAAUGUGAGCAAAUGUAGUUUACCUGAGACUAAAUGCAAGAACACCCUUUGGGAUUAACUGUGUGUGUGUGUGUGUGUGUGUGUGUGUGGUCAAAGGCUGAUCACUCAAUAAAGUUUGCUUGAGUUCAACCGGCUGCAGUUCCCUAACAUUUCUUCUGUGUAAUUUUUUUCUUGUGAAAAUGGAAAUCGUAUCUACAUUUUGGUUUACAUUAAUUUAAAAUUAACACAUGCACCAAGUAAAGUAGAGUGAUUAAAAGCAUGUGUUGUCUUUAGCGUUCUAAUUAAAAGCGUGUUUUCGUUUGUUUCAGAAUCUUCUCGCAAGCGUAACUUUGCUCAAGAGUCUUAA